GGCGGCUGGUGGGGCGGGGCCGGGCCUGUUGUUGGGCUUCCGGGUCGGCGGGGAUUGUUGCCGAGACCGACACCGAGACCGAGGCACCGCCGCCAUGAACCGCUUCUUCGGCAAAGCGAAGCCGAAGGCGCCUCCGCCCAGCCUCACCGACUGCAUCGGGACGGUGGAUAGCAGAGCUGAGUCAAUUGACAAGAAAAUUGCUAGGCUCGAUGCAGAGCUAGUGAAGUAUAAGGAUCAAAUGAAGAAGAUGAGAGAGGGGCCUGCAAAGAAUACAGUAAAGCAGAAGGCAUUGAGAGUGUUGAAGCAGAAGCGAAUGUAUGAACAACAGCGGGAUAAUCUGUCACAGCAGUCUUUUAAUAUGGAACAAGCUAAUUACACUAUUCAGGCACUGAAGGAUACAAAGACAACGGUUGAUGCAAUGAAACUGGGAGUGAAAGAAAUGAAGAAAGCUUACAAGCAAGUCAAAAUUGAUCAAAUUGAGGACAUACAAGAUCAGUUAGAGGAUAUGAUGGAAGAAGCCAAUGAAGUCCAGGAAGCGCUGAGUCGUAGCUAUGGAACACCAGAGAUUGAUGAAGAUGACUUGGAAGCAGAACUGGAUGCGUUAGGUGAUGAGCUUUUAGCCGAUGAGGACAACUCCUACUUAGAUGAAGCUGCAUCUGCUCCAGCAAUCCCAGAGGUCACUCCUACUGACACGAAAAACAAAGAUGGUGUAUUGGUGGAUGAAUUUGGAUUGCCAAAGAUCCCUGCAACAUAAAUGUUUCAAAAGCACAAUGGAUAUAAUGAACUAUAAAAAUCAAAUUAAGAAAUUUUUUUUCUUUUUUUUUUAAAUCCUGGAGACCUUGUCCUUCCAGUGUAACUUUAAUAUCACUACAUCCUAGAACGCAAUACGAAUGGCUGGUGGUGUUCUUUCGAGGAAAGCUGUUCUACUACUGACUACUACUACUAUUAAUGGAAAAUUCAGCACAACUCCCUUCGGCGGAAGCAGCCCGUCCUGUAGCUUCCGUUUCCCGUUGUCAUGGACGAAGCGAUGCGUGAAGAGUAGUGGGGCUGUUGGUAGCUGAGGUUUAUUUUGACUUUGUAUGACGUUUCUCUUUCUUGAAACCCAGACCGCUGGUCGCCGCUUGCUCUCGGUAAAACGCCUCCUGGCUGCGGGGCUUCUUUCGUAAAAAGGAUCCAGCGCCAUUUUUAAACGACCGCGGUCCAGAGACUUUGAUGCUCUUGUGCUUGUAACCUUUCUGAACGCUGUCAUAAAUAGGGUCGUCGUCAACUGUAUGUAUUCUGUGGAGACAUAAAAUCACGUAGAUGAGCUCA